AGGCAGACUGCUUCUACAAACAUUUGUGAAAGAAUGGCUCGCUUCCAGGAGCUCAGUGAAUUCAAACGUGGUACCGUGAUAGGUUGCCACCUGUGCAAUAAGUCCACCCGUGAAAUUUCCUUACUACUAAAUAUUCCACGGUCAGCUGAUAGUGGUAUUAUAACAAAGUGGAAGCAACUGGGAACAACAGCAACUGAACCACGACGUGAGUGGGUUCAGCGCAUGCUGAAACGCACAGUGCGCAAAAGUCGCCAACUGUCUGAAGAGUCAAUAGCUAAAGACCUCCAAACUUCAUGUGGCCUUCAGAUUAGCACAACAGUGUGUAGAGAGCUUCAUGGAAUAUAUUUCCAAGGC